UCUAUGACAUCUUGUGAUCACAAGACUCCUUCGUUUUUGAGUUUUCUGUCAAGGCAGGAAUUGGAGAAAAAAAGGCCGUCCCAUUCGGGAUUAUUAGGUUCAGUAACUCCAAUUGACCAAAAAUAUAUCUCAAAAUGAGAUACUUCAUGACUUACCUGUUUGUGCUGCUGGUGGCGAUCAUCAUACCUAUAUUUUCUAUGUACUAUCUUCUCAAUGGAAAGGGUGAGCAAAUAAGUGUUGGCUGGUUCCUGGAAAACACGUCCCCGUACAUGUGGGCGACAUUGGGUAUUGCCUUUGCAGUGUCUUUCUCCGUGGUUGGCGCUGCGAUGGGAAUUCACACGACAGGAGUUAGCAUAGUGGGUGGUGGUGUCAAAGCUCCCAGGAUUAAAACCAAGAACUUGAUUUCUGUCAUCUUCUGCGAAGCCGUGGCUAUCUAUGGACUGAUUACUGCUAUCGUAUUGUCUGGAAUGUUGGAGAAAUACACAGAACCCUUAAUUGACAUUAACAUCAAACAACAAAACUGGAUGGCUGGAUAUGUUAUGUUUGGUGCUGGCCUGGCUGUAGGUUUGGUAAACCUGUUCUGUGGUAUUGCUGUUGGUAUAGUGGGCUCAGGAGCCGCCCUAGCUGAUGCAGCAAAUGCAGCUCUUUUUGUGAAGAUUCUUAUCGUUGAAAUUUUUGGAUCAGCUAUUGGUCUAUUUGGCCUGAUCGUCGGCAUAUACAUGACAUCAAAGGUCAAAAUGGGUAACCAGUAAUUUGGCAGAAAGCAUUAAUUUAUGUCAGCGAAGCACUGGACCUAAAUGGAGUUACAGCAAGCGGACACCUUCUCUACAGUGCUUAAAGCUAUAUUUAUUUAUAUAAGAAGCAACUUAAGCUUGAAUUAUAAAAUAAGUGUUGGACUUCUGAUAAUGUUUUAUUGAUGUGAAACGUAUAAUGUAUUUAAUUUUAAAUAAUCUUGGUGACCAUUGUUUGUCAAAUAUUUGGUCUUAGCAUACUAUCAAAUGUAGGUUUUCAUUAUUAGACUUCUAAUUCUCACAUGGAGAUUUUUAUGAACAAUAUGUUUAGCUGAGGCCUUAUAUUUUAGUGAACAGGUCGUAACUGUAUUGGAGUGUUUCUAGCCACAUUAUUAACAUAAUUUCUUUAUUAAAAUCAACAGAGUGCUAUGUUGAAAUGACUAGAUAUACAGUAAACUUUCAUCAUGUAUAUUUACAUUUUAAUUUAAUUUUCUAAAAAAAAACACAUUUUGUAAAUUAAAGCACAAAUGCUGUUGUAUCUAAUCAUUUUAAAGCUUAAAACAUUCCAUGAAAUCUUACUACAAUUAUGGAAGCUUGGAUUGGUUAAUAUUUAAUCUGUAUAUAAUAUUGCUGACUCAAUAUUUUGUUUCAAAGCUGCUGGCAAUCAAAGAUAGGCCAAUGUCAUUAUAUGUUUCUGCCACCCCUGUCAAUAUAUUUUACAAAUCUAUUCUAUAUAUAUCUUCCAGACAUUGUAAAUAUUAGUUUGCUUUCUUGUACUUUAAAUAAAAUCUAAUUUAUUGUAAAAUAUUCACAAAUUCGAGGUGUCGACAUGAAUGCCGUGCGAUUGAAAGAAAUCGACUUGCGAGCUCAACACAUUUUGAGUAAAAAACGAAAAAGUAUUAUGUCAGUUGAAGAACCAUUUACUGAUGUUUAAGUUACACAUAUUUGUGCAAAUGUAGAUAUUAUGUAUGUUGAUGAAUAAAUAGCUAAAAGUUAA